AUGUUGACCCACGUUCGCCGGAGCUUGGGCUCCGCUCGCCUGGCCGCCGUCGCCGCCGGGGCGUCGCCUCCGCUCCGCCGAAGGUGCUCGGCGUGUCCCCCGGAAGUAAGCGCCGCGCGCGUCCGCAAAACAUUCGUGGACUUCUUCGAAGGAGAACACGGACACCUGCGGGUCCCGUCCUCGCCGGUCCGGCCCAGAGGGGACCCCAGUCUGCUCUUUGUCAACGCCGGAAUGAACCAGUUCAAGCCCAUCUUGUUGGGUACGGCGGACCCUCGCGGCGCCAUGGCGUCAUACCGCCGCGUGGUCAACAGUCAGAAGUGCGUACGGGCGGGCGGCAAGCACAACGACCUGGACGACGUGGGCAAGGACGUUUACCACCACACCUUCUUCGAGAUGCUGGGAAACUGGUCCUUCGGCGACUACUUCAAAGAAGAGGCGUGCGCCACGGCUUGGACGCUGCUGACGGAGCGUUACGGUAUCGCGCCCGACCGGCUCUACGUGUCUUACUUUGCGGGCGACGUCGCUUCGGGGAUGCCGGCCGACGAGGAGACUCGCCACAUCUGGCUGGAUCUCGGGGUGCCUCCGGACCGUCUUCUCCCGUUCGGGAUGAAGGAGAACUUCUGGGAGAUGGGCGACACGGGCCCGUGCGGCCCCUGCACCGAGAUCCACUACGACCGUGUGGGGGGACGAAACGCCGCCGCCUUGGUCAACGCCGGACACCCGGACGUGCUAGAAAUCUGGAACCUGGUCUUCAUGCAGUACAGCCGGGAGAGCGACGGGGAGCUGCGUUUCCUGCCCGCCCGCAGCGUGGACACGGGCAUGGGUCUGGAGCGGCUAGUGAGCGUCCUCCAGGGCAAAAGCUCCAACUACGACACCGACCUGUUCACCCCGCUGAUGGAGGCCAUCCGCCUGAAAAGCGGCGCUCCGGCGUAUGGCGGGCGCACGGGGCCCGGGGAGCGGCUGGACACUGCAUAUCGGGUGGUGGCCGACCACGCGCGGGCGCUGGCCGUCUGCAUCGCCGACGGGGUCCAUCCCGGCAUGUCGGGCGCCGAGUUGGUGCUGAGGAAGAUCCUGAGGCGGGCGGUCCGUUUCUGCGCCGAGGUCCUGCGGGCGCCUCCGGGGACGCUGGCCAGCCUGGUGCCCCACGUGGCGUGUAGCCUGGGUGACGUUUACCCGGAGCUGCGACAUGAAGCAGAGCGGGCCAUGGACAUCAUUAACGAGAACGAGGAGCAAUUCCUGUCCAGUCUGCGGCGGGGACGCGGGCUCAUCCGACGCACCCUGCGGACUUUGGAUCCGCAACACCAGACGCUCUUUCCCGCGCGGGUGGCGUGCUCGUUGCACCGGGACCUGGGCUUCCCCCUGGACUUGAUCCAGCUGGUGCUGGACGAGGAGGGCGCGGCCGUGGACCGGGACGAGGUGGAGCGCCUGCUCGCCGACGAGCGAAACCGGGCCGCGGCGGAGCAGCCCGGCGACGACGCGGACCUGACGGUGGGCGCGCUCGCCCUGGACCGGCUUCGCCAAAUGGGCGUGGCUCACACCGACGACGCUCCCAAAUACGAGUACCGCCUACGAGGACGACGAUACGAGUUCCAAGUGUGUCGAGCCCGCGUGCUGGCUAUGUUAGACGGGGAGGUGUCGGUGUCUCAAGCAGAGCCGGGGCGGCGUUGCGCCGUCGUUCUGGACCGGACGUCCUUCUACGCCGAGCAGGGGGGACAGGACGCCGACCGCGGCUACUUUGUACGGGAUGACCUGCAGGAAGUGCCCUUCUCUGUGGAGGCCGUGUCAAAAGCGGGGGGUUACGUCUUCCACUGGGUGACCGCCGCCGACGCCCUCCGGACCGGGGAUGUCGUGCACCUCCAUCUAGACCAGGCCCACCGCGUGGCGUGCAUGAGGAACCACACGGCAACGCACCUGCUAAACUUCGCCCUGCGGGACGUCCUGGGCCCGUCCGUCCAGCAGCGAGGCUCGCACGUGUCGGCCCGGCGCCUUCGCUUUGACUUCAGUGUCAAGGGCUCGCCCAGCGCCGCUCAGCUUCAGCAAGCGGAGGCUGUCGUCUCGGAGGCGGCGGCCGCCGACGGAGCCGUAAGUGUCCGGGAGCUCCCCCUGGAGGACGCCUUGGCCAUCGAGGGCGUCCGCACGGUCGACGAGGCGUAUCCGGACCCGGUCCGAGUGGUCUCGGCGGAGCUUUCGGACGGCGCCCGACGGACGUCGGUGGAACUCUGCUGCGGAACACACCUGGCGCGGACGGCGGCCAUCGGCGACCUGGUCAUCGUGUCGGAGCGGCAGCUGGUCAAAGGGAUCAGUCGCGUGGUGGCCGUGACCGGAACGGACGCCGAGCAGGCUCGCGAAGCGGGACGAUCGCUCGUCGACCAGGUGGAAUCGCUGGAGGCCCGUCUCGCCGGCUCCGCCUCUUCCUGUCUUGACUCCGCCCGCCGUCUCGCCAAGGAAGUAGGCAUCGUGUCUGACGUGGCGGACAACACGCCCGUCCCCCAGUGGCAGCGAACGGAAGCGCGGGCUCGCCUGAAAGCGCUGCAGAGGCGGAGCAACACGGCGGUCCGCAAGCUGGAGGCCAAGCAGGCGGCGCUGGACGCUCAGCUGGUUCUUGGCGCCAAUGGGCAGGAAGAUGUGCUGGUGGACGUCGUGGACACCGCGUCCUUGGCGGUAUUGAUGAAGACGGUGAACGCGGUGAGCUCGGCGCGUCCUUCGGCCCACGUCAUGCUGCUGGCUCUCCAAAAAUCUUCCGGCAAAAUCCUGUGCGCCUGCCAGGUUCCUAAGGAUUCACCGGCGUUCCCCGCCUCUCGUUGGGCGGAGGCCGUCUGUCGGUGGCUGGGCGGCGAAGGCGGCGGCUCGGCGACGGUGGCGCGCGGAAUGGGACGCGCCGGUGCCGGCGACACGGUCGGCGCGCUAAGGUGGGCCGAGGCCUUCGCACGUCGCUUCUUAUCUUCGUUUCCCGAACGUACGGAGAGUGCGGCGGCGGGACCCGAGCGGUGA